ACCUCACCUUCUGGGUAAUGGCAAUGAUCCUACCGACUCCGUGCUGACAUCCUCUACCACAUACUAUACCAUCAUCAUCAUCAUCAUCAUGGCAACCCGAGCGGAGCGGUACAAAGAAGUGCCGCAGACUGCGCAGGACAGAAGAGCGGGCGAGAACGCUCUCAGUGACUUCGCCGACUACGUCAACAAGCAACAGGCCCUACGUCGGCCUCCCAUCAAUGGCCCCGACACCACGACCGGCUCGAACACCGAACAUGCCGAGCUCGACAUUCUCGAUACGCUCGAUCUCGGCGACGAUAAGCCCAAAGUACGGCUCAAGCAUCUGCUUCUCGAUGACACGGAGAAAGAGGAGAGCAUCACGCAAUUGGGGGCUGUCAUCAGCAGCCGAUUAGACGAAGGCCAUAAUGAAUGUCUGUUCGAUGUUGGCUUAGAGGACAAUGGCGACAGUCAACUCCUCACUGAGCAGGAGUGGGAUGCCGCGAUCGCUCGAUUACAGGGCAUCGUGGAGAAGCUCAAAGCAGACUGGAAAGUGUUGAUGACGAAAAACGUCCCAAACAGUCCCGUCGACGUGGGGAAUGAGAGCAACAAAGCGCGAGGUUGUGUUGGGAAAUUGAUGAUACGACGACGGCCGGUGGACGUCGACGAUCAAAUCGAGACUCGUAUCGCAGUGGUGGGAAAUGUUGAUGCGGGAAAAAGUACGUUAUUAGGCGUGUUGGUGAAAGGGGGUCUGGACGAUGGUCGUGGUAAGGCGAGAGUGAAUCUCUUCCGCCAUAAGCACGAAAUAGAGUCUGGACGGACUUCUAGUGUGGGUAUGGAGAUUAUGGGCUUCGACACGAAAGGAGAAGUGGUCGUGUCGGGAGUUCCAGGAAGAAAGCUGAGCUGGGAGGAAAUUGGAAAAAGGAGUGCAAAAGUCAUCUCUUUUACCGAUCUUGCUGGACACGAGCGGUAUCUACGGACGACAGUUUUCGGCCUGCUUUCGAGUGAGCCGAACUAUUGCCUGCUCAUGGUGGCUGCGAAUAAUGGCUUGAUCGGAAUGUCGAAAGAACAUCUGGGCAUUGCCCUGGCGUUGAAUGUGCCUGUCAUGGUCGUCAUCACCAAAAUCGACAUCUGCCCACCUCAAAUUCUGCAACAGACCAUCACUCAACUAACCAAGAUCCUAAAGUCCCCUGGAGCUCGCAAAAUCCCCAUAUUCAUCAAAACUCGCGAAGAAUGCAUCAACACAGCAACGCAAUUCGUCAGCCAACGAAUCUGUCCCAUCUUCCAAGUCUCGAACGUCACCGGAGAAUCUCUGGACCUCGUUCGCGAAUUCAUGAACAUCCUGCCCCAUCACGGAAAGUACGACAUAGACGCUCCCUUUGAAUUCCACGUCAACGACACCUUCUCGGUCCCCUUUGUCGGAACCGUCGUCUCUGGCGUGGUGAAAUCCGGCAUUGUCCACGCCGGCGACACAGUCAUGGUCGGUCCCGACGGUCUAGGCCAAUUUACCACAACGACAGUCCGAUCCAUCGAGCGAAAACGCAUCAGCACUCCAGCCGCCACAGCCGGACAAAGUGCCUCUUUCGCCCUCCGCCGUGUCAGACGCAAAGACGUCCGCAAAGGCAUGGUGGUCCUCCUUGCCAAAAGUGACGCAAACCCCCAUCUCGAAGCCCCCAAACCCCAAGUCUACCGCGAGUUCGUCGCUGAAGUCUUGAUUCUUUCCCACGCUACCACCAUUCGGACCAAAUACCAGGCGAUGCUACAUGUAGGUCCUGUCAGUCAGACUUGUGCCAUCAUUGAUAUCGAUCGUGAUUAUAUCCGAACGGGCGACAGGGCCACUGUGGCUUUUCGAUUUGUGCAAAGACCCGAGUUUCUGGCUGCUGGUGAUAGGAUUCUAUUCCGAGAGGGUCGAACCAAGGGUCUGGGAAUUGUCAAGGCUGUGGGAUAUGAUCCGAACAAACCUUUGAAUCCAGAAGCGGCGGCGAAACUGCAACAUCAGGGCGAUUCCGGAAGUGGGAAGGGGCUGGUUGCUACCGCUGCCGCUGCUGCUCCCACGAAAGCGGCCUGAUGAGCACGUCUUGGCAGAGACAUUCGGUAUCUUAUGGGGUCAAAUGAGCUCAGGGAGAAGUGCCCUAACCGGUAGGCCGGAGAGGCUAUGAAUAACUUGUGUAUACGUAGAAGAUGAGUUGACGAUUUGGCACGGCGUUGAGAGAGGAGAUUUGUACAUGAUCGGUCGAUAUGAGCUCGUGGAACCUGCAGGAGCAGCUCUCUCGUAUUGAACAAUACCCAGGUGUUUGCCCUUUUCAAGCCCUCUCUUCUUGUUUCCAUUCAUUUCUUCCUCUCCCAGAUAUUCGCCCUCUGCCGUCAGUCAGGACCUGGUACUGCACAUGCCUCCAAACACAAGCGUCUAUGAGCUCCGUCAAUAUCAUGUAAUUCGUGGAACUUGACGAUCUCAGCCCACCAACAUCCGAACCACUGACAGGUUUGAUCUCUUUAGUAGUAGCACAUGGAGCUGGUUGAGAUCAGAAUGCCCCUUAUUCUCCCUCUUCUUCUACUCCUUCUUCCCCCCUCAUCGAUGGCCAAGGCAAUAUCGGUACGCCUCAUCAGACCUUGUGCCCGGACCAGCAUCCAGCAUCCAGCAUUCAGUAUCGAGGGUCGAUCCCGUGUUGAGGGGAAGUCUAUUGCCGUCUAUUCAGCGAUCUCAUUCCCAGGGCAUGAGGCCGCCGAGAUCGCGUGUAUUGUAACGCAAGCGAGAGGAGCACAUUGAAAGCCUUCACAUGUAAAAAAAAAUCAUAUCGCAUCAAAACCAACAUACAGACAGGGUAUCAUCUUUCAUCUAUACAGAACUUCGUGCUCCGAGACUCUCUCCAUCAGGCCUUGCCGAUUUCUAUCCGAAGAGUUUGUGCGCGCACAUGAAUCCUAGCACGAGGAGAAUCCCGUAUAUAGCCUUGUCAAUCCAGGCAGGUAUUUCUUCUCGAGGGGGUGGAGCGAGUGGUUGCUGCGUUGUAGCAGCAACUGUGGUGUGUACUGCUAUCUGCGCGACUGGAGCAGUAGCUGGAGGAGGAGGAGAAGAAGAAGAGGAAGAGGCAGGCUGAGGUUGAGCAGGCCGUACGUCUGCAUUUACAGCUGCUGGUGACGCUUGGAGUGUACUGGAAUCAGAUGACAGCGCUGCGGUUUCGUUCGCCUGCUUCCCUGGCCCGUCUCCGGACUUCCCAAGAUCUUCUCUGUAAGCCAACCGUAGCUCUUCUGGCACCACAUCCGUCUUCUGAGCAGCGUCUCCACCGGCCUCCUUCACAGCCUCAUCCUGCUCGGCCAUAAUCUCCUCAUUUGUCUUCCCACAUGUGGCACAUUUGGCUUUCGGACUCUGUCGAGCCAGCCUCUUACGUACCUCUGCCGAAGCCUCCAUGCCGCCCACUUGGCCCUUAGCUUCCGUGUCCAUGAAGCUCCGGAUGGCGACCAAUGCCGUCCGGAUGCCCCAUGCAGGCUGCCACGUCUCUUCAUGAUGUCCAGAUAUACUGAGACAGAUCUCGCGAUUAGCCUCGAAUCUGCCCGAGGGUGUAACGAAGCGGAAUGACGGAGGCUUGAGGGGAUAUGCCGGUGGGAGGAUGAUGCGGCCGUGGUAGAUGCCGCCUUCAUAUGGGGACUGAGAGGUGCCGCGGAGAGUGAAGUGCCAUUCGAAGAGAUCGUUCUCGAGAGGGGCGGCGUGAAAGUCGGACGAGGGUGUGUUGGCCAGCUCUGCAGCUUCCUUGAGGAUUCGCUUGAUGGUCGGAUUCCUUGACGAGGACAUGUCUGCUG